AAUACACAAGGCCUUAGCUCUUGUUAAGUCCCACCUCUCCUCCAUCAAUUCACUCUCACACACACUCUCUCUCUCUCUCUCUCUCUCAGCCAGCAAAACAUGGCAGCCAGUUCUUCAUUCCUCUCAGCCAUGUCAAGGAGGCUAGAGGGGAAGGUGGCACUGAUCACCGGAGGAGCUAGCGGCAUCGGCGAAUGCACAGCAAGACUCUUUGCCCAACACGGCGCCAAAGUAGUCAUUGCAGACAUCCAAGACGAGCUCGGCCAGUCUGUGAGCGCGGACAUAGGCCUAUCCACAUGCACCUACAUUCACUGCGAUGUCACCAACGAAGACCACAUCAAGAACGCCGUCGACAAGACUGUCGAAACCUACGGAAAACUGGACAUCAUGUUCAACAACGCCGGCAUAUCGGAUCCCAACAAACCCCGUGUGGUCGACAACGAAAAGGCCGACUUCGAACGCGUUCUGAGCGUGAACGUGACGGGUGUUUUCCUGGGCAUGAAACACGCAGCCCGAGUCAUGAUUCCUGCCAAGAGCGGCUCCAUCCUCUCCACGGCAAGCAUAAGUUCGAGCGUCGGUGCUGCAGCCUCGCAUGCUUAUUGCUGCUCGAAGCACGCAGUCUUGGGCCUAACGAAAAACAUGGCAGUGGAGCUGGGACAAUUUGGCAUUCGGGUUAAUUGCUUGGCACCAUAUGCACUUGCAACUCCUCUGGCAACCAAGUUUGUAGGGCUUGACGAUGAGCAACUUGAGAUGGCUAUGAGUGCCUUAGCUAAUCUUAAGGGGGUAACACUCAAGGCAGAGGAUGUUGCUAAUGCGGCACUUUAUCUAGUGAGUGAUGAGGCCAAGUAUGUAAGCGGACACAACCUUUUUAUAGAUGGUGGCUUCAGCAUUCACAAUUCGGCAUUUUCCACAUGUUUCAGUAUCCUCCAGAUUCUUCAUCUUAGGCCUUUCACUGGCUGUUUGUGUUGGGAAUUGGAUUGGAUCUGACCCGAUUCAUAACCCAUGAAACAUCUAAAUGGAUUACAAGAUUAUUAUCAUAUAAUUAUCAUAGGAUAAUUAUUGUAUUAUCUUUAAUUAUUUGAAUCGUAUGAUAACAUAAUUAUUUAGUUAUUUAUAAGAGAGUUUUAAUGAAAGUGGAUUUCUAUCUACAUAACUCUAUAUAUCAGAUAUGGAGAAAAGAAACAUACGUGUGUUGUAUGGGAUUUUACUUGUAAGAGAUUCUGGAAAAUUGUUAACAACAAAAAAAGAAUUUUUACAGCACUACAUGCACGUCGUGGAUACUAUUCUAUGACGUGCAGCGUUACGUCAUAUUAUGACCAAUUAUGGAAAGUCAUUCACUUUCAACGACAUGUCAUAGUACACCGUUAAAAACUAUUUAAAAGCAGAUCUUGUGCGUCAUUUUUACUUUUUCUAUGACUACUUUUGCAUGUCGUUAUUUGGCGGGACAAAU